AAACCACCACCACCACUAAUAACUAUCUUCACAUGUCCCAUUAAUACUCUUUAUCUCUCACUACAAAGUCAAAUCCCUCUCUCCAUCCCCUCUCUCCUUAAAUCCUCCCCCUCCCAAGUCCCUCCUUCUCAAUCUCCAUGUUCACAUAAUAUCGCCAUAAUAGACAACAUAUCACCAUGCCUUUAAGCAAGAGAAAGUUCGCCGUCCGGCGUCAUCCGGUGAUCGUCGACAUCGGCUGUGGUUGCCGGAGAAACAAGCUCUCCUCCUUCUUCUCCUCAAUCAAUCCAAUUCCCAAGAAACAAAACCCUUACUUCUCCACCACCUCCCUGACGACCACCACUACCACCACCACCACUUCUUCAUCCUCUUUCUCAUUCCAAGACUCUCCUCAAAACCCAACUUGUUCAAACUCCAUGAACCAGAACACCAAGAAGAAGAAGAAGAAGAAGAUGAUGAAGAAGAAGACAAGGGUUGUCGGAGAGAGUGUGGCCGUUGAGAAGGACUCUUCUGAGCCAUACUUGGACUUCCGUGAAUCAAUGGUGCAGAUGAUUGUUGAGAACCAGAUCUACGGCUGGGAUGAUCUCAGAGAGCUUCUUCAUAGUCUUCUCUCUCUCAACUCCCCUCAAUACCACCCUCUCAUUCUCCGUGCCUUCUCUGACGUUUGCCAUGCCAUCUUCUCUCCUCCUUCUGACUAAUUACUGUCUUCUUUUCUUAAUUAUAAUCUAAGUUUCACUGAUGCUUAAUUUAGUUAAUUUGCUUACUUACUAUGUUUAACUUAGAUGAUUUCUCUUGUGUACCACUUAGUAGUAGCAGACAAGCAGCAGUAGUAGAAGUUUAUAUGAUCUACUACAUGUACUGCAUCUAAAAUUAAAUGUGUAUGAAUGAAGAAUGACUUGAGUAAUGAAUGAAGGUUUUUAUCA